AUGUCACAGUCUCACAGAUUCACCCACUUAGACGAUUUUGAUCAUGAAAGAGAUGUUUUGCCAACCAAGAAAAACUUGGAGAGGAGCGAAACAGAAACGUUAAAGCCGUCAUCUAUGGGGAAUUCUUGCUUUGAGAAUGUGAUUACAGAAUCUGUCCCUGCCCUUGCAGAUCUCUCCUAA